AUGCCACCAAUCUUAACUCAUUUAUUGGAUCCUGAUUCGAAGCUUUCUCCUCCUCGACGUCGUCCCAGACACCAGCCGAAGAACAAUUCCACAGCUUACUCCAACUCUUGCCACCCUCUGGUCCAUCCACCCGCCUCCUUCGCGUCCAAUACCUCAACAAAGUCGCCGUCAGCAGUACAGGUGCGAAGAUGUUCUCCUGAGGAUACUGAACGUAAUACAUGUCCUACCGACUCGUCAGUUUGCUGGAAUCUCAGUGAGACAUCUCUGGCAACUCCUUACAUUUUUUCCGUCUUCGGCUUCUUCAUCCAGGAACUGUUCUCCGGAGCCUGUCGCUUUGUCCCAUGGACUCAUCAACGAGCAUUCUGUCUGGCCACAUAUGAUUUGAAGGACAACUUCGUGGAAAGCGGCGUCGUGAAUAUCAACAGUGCCUUAGCACUGCCGAUGAUGCUGAACCAAGAGGCGUCUACUGAUGUGGACCUAGUACUUCUCAGUAACAUUGACAGUGAUGGCGGUGGUUCCAUCAACUCCAUGAACUGGACGUCGGUGGAGUUUAUUUCCUCACCGGUGGAGAUGCGACUGCAUGGGCCACUGCUGGUGUGGAACUCGGAAGAACAAACGGCUACGAGACAGGUUGAGAUAAUAAUAUGGUCCUCAGGAUAA